CUUUUUAAUAUGAGAAUUCGAAAGCAGUGGGGAAGUGAUGUUGGACCUAUCACAGCAUUUCUAACAGACAGCCUAUUACAGUAUUUAAUAAAAACAGAAACAGCAUGCCUAUCAUAGGCUAAUAAAUCCUACCUCCUGCACGCUUUAAAACAGUAUGAAGCAGCUUUAACGGAGCUCCAGAUAACUAAUUUCAAGCAUGGCUGUCUAGCGUGCCUGUCACUCCUAUUGUCCUUCCAAACUCUUUCAGACAUUUUGAGCAGGGAGUAUUAAAGCUAUGAGUUAGAAAGGGUUGUGACAUUAAUGGUCCACAAAGGCUUUUGACACAAGAGGUAAUGAUGAUUACCGGUGGCUAUUUGGAGGACUGCACUGGAUCGCUGUCACUAAAAAUUAAGCGUGGCUUUUGAGGAAGAUGUGACAACUACCGGAGGUCUUUUUGCCAUUCCUCCAGGACAUCCACCAUAAGGAAAGGAGACCCUGGACCAACAUUCUUUAAGAUGUUUAUAUGGACCAGUGGCCGGACCUCUUCAUCUUAUAGACAUGAUGAAAAAAGAAAUAUUUACCAGAAAAUCAGGGACCAUGACCUCCUGGACAAAAGGAAAACAGUCACAGCACUGAAGGCAGGAGAGGACCGAGCUAUUCUCCUGGGACUGGCUAUGAUGGUGUGCUCCAUCAUGAUGUAUUUUCUGCUGGGAAUCACACUCCUGCGCUCAUACAUGCAGAGCGUGUGGACCGAAGAGUCUCAAUGCACCUUGCUGAAUGCAUCCAUCACGGAAACAUUUAAUUGCUCCUUCAGCUGUGGUCCAGACUGCUGGAAACUUUCUCAGUACCCCUGCCUCCAGGUGUACGUUAACCUGACUUCUUCCGGGGAAAAGCUCCUCCUCUACCACACAGAAGAGACAAUAAAAAUCAAUCAGAAGUGCUCCUAUAUACCUAAAUGUGGAAAAAAUUUUGAAGAAUCCAUGUCCCUGGUGAAUGUUGUCAUGGAAAACUUCAGGAAGUAUCAACACUUCUCCUGCUAUUCUGACCCAGAAGGAAACCAGAAGAACGUUAUCCUAACCAAACUCUACAGUUCCAACGUGCUGUUCCAUUCACUCUUCUGGCCAACCUGUAUGAUGGCCGGGGGCGUGGCAAUUGUUGCCAUGGUGAAACUUACACAGUACCUCUCCCUACUAUGUGAGAGGAUCCAACGGAUCAAUAGAUAAAUGCAAAAAUGGAUAAAAUAAUUUUUGUUAAAGCUCAAAUACUGUUUUCUUUCAUUCUUCACCAAAGAACCUUAAGUUUGUAAUGUGCAGUCUGUUAUGAGUUCCCUAAUAUAUUCUUAUAUGUAGAGCAAUAAUACAAAAGCUGUUCUAUAUGCAAACAUGUCUUUAUUAUUCAGGAGAAUAAAUAACUGUUUUGUGUUGGUUGGUGGUUUUCAUAAUCUUAUUUCUGUACUGGAACUAGUACUUUCUUCUCUCAUUCCGCCAAAAUAGGGCUCAGUUAUUCAUUUGCCAAGCUUCGUGGAGGAAUGUACGUGACAUCAGUGUGAUAAAGUCUGUGUUCUGAGUUGUCAGAUCUCUUGAAGACAAUAUUUUUCAUCACUUAUUGUUUACUAAAGCUACAGCCAAAAAUAUUUUUUUCUUUUCUUCUUCUAAACUGAGCCCUAUAGCAAGUGAAGAGACCAGAUUUCCUAAUUAAAGGAAGUUAGGUACUUUCCUUGUAUUUUUUACCAUAUCACUGUAAAGAAGAGGGGAAACCCAGCCAGCUACUUUUUUUCAUCACUUUUUAUUCAUAACUUCAGAUUUUUAAAACUAAUUUCCAAAAUAUAAGCUGUUUUCAUUAGCCAGUUCUAUAAUAUCUUCCUGUGAUUUAUGUAGAAAAUGAACAGACCCCUUUUCCAUUUAAGACCCUGCUACUGUGUGAAGAGAUGAUACUUACAAGGAGUGUCAUUACCUGUGAGCUGACUGAAUGUUGGUAGGUGCUCCAUUACAAUCCAGGAAAGUCUGUGUUACUGAUAUUUGUGUGGAAAUCUUUAUUUCAUUUCAAUUUAACCGUUAGAUGGUAAAAUUAAGAUGCUACUUGCUGGUAAAAAUUGGUGGACUGGUUUCAAUGGGUAAAUCUGUUGUGGCAAAUUAAUGUGUUGGAAUAUUGCUCUUUGUGAAUUUGUGUUUAAGUCAAUGAAUGUGUAGUAUCUCCUUCUGACAAGCAUUCCCUAUUGGGAUUUUAAAGCUAUGUGCACAGAAUAUUAGUCUCUUCUACAUGUUUUAUUUUUCUAUUUAUAAUUCCCUUUUUUGUUGUUAUAUUUUAUACACAGAAUAGAUCUUUUUUCUAACACAUAUUUGAACUGAAUAACAGACUUAAAGAAAGCCUUUGUUCACAUUGCUAUUUACUUAUUGUGUUUGGGGGAAAAUAUGACGGAUUGAUUUUAAAUAAAAAGCAUUCCAUCUUUCAUUUAAUAUCAAUAUCAAAAGAAGAAGACAAACAUCUAUCUUUCUCAUCUAUAUUUAAGUACCUUUUUGUAAUGUAGUAUCAAAGUUUUUUAGGUAAUGCAAAAUUUUACAAAUCAUUUGUGGAAUGAAUGGUAAAACUAAUCUGAUGAAGUGGAAAAUUAUUCUGCAAUAUUGUAAUUCAUAGUUUGACUUUUCAUAAGCAAAUAAAUCCCUAGGAUGUAAUCAGGACUUCAAAUGUGUAAUUAAAUUUUUUU